CCACUGCUUUUGUCCACGAGCGGAACUAUUCAGAAGGGUCGGGAAAACGAGGAAGCACCUCUCUUCUACGGCACUGCCACCUUCACCCGGGUAACCAGCUCCCAUCUAGCACUUCAGUGACGACCAUGGCCAUGGCGUCUCUGCAGGUGGCCUCAAUCCCUCCUCUCCUUCCGUCCAGAAAUGGCUGCGCCAGCACAAGACCGCGGGUGGCCGCCUUCGCCUUCAGCUGCAAAUACAACCAGUCAGCCAAUGCCCAAGGACGAACAAGGUUCAGAAACCACAUAACACGCAGAGAUACCCUGUCAUUCAUGUCAUCUGCCAUGUUGGCUGCAUUGCUGGUGGCUAGCCCUGCUGAAGCUAGAACUUCCAGGCUGGAGAACAAGAAGAAAGCCAUGGAGAAGUUGGAGAGGCUCCGGGAGAAGGCGUUGGGCCCAAAGGGGAAGAACGGAUCCACCCGUAAGGAGAUGCCGCCACCGGCGAACUUGCUGAUCCCUCCCGCGGCGGUCGAGGCUUCCUUGUGAAAGGCCCUCGAUCGGUCCAUGGGGCCUUUGUUAAUCUCAAUGCUAAUCUUAAUUUCUAUGUUGUUAGAACUUCUUUUUUUGGAACUCCCUGUAUCAUGAUGCCAACUUGUUCUUGAUCAUCCGUUUUCGUUUAGCCCGUUUAAUUAGCCGUUGUGCACUAUUAUUAGCCUAAUGAUAGGUGGAUGAUUGUUUAGCAUUUACGUGAACAUUAGUUGUUAAAUUUUCUAAGGCCAGUCCCAGGGCACCGUUUCAUUGUAC